CGACGAGGAUGGCUCGAUCGGUGAAGACGGCAGUGAUCGGAGCCGGGCCUGGUGGUUUGGUCGCCGCCAGGGAGCUCCGCCGCCAGGGUCACGAGGUCACCGUCUUCGAGAAGUCCACCAGCGUCGGCGGCACCUGGGUCUACGACCCCACCACCGACUCCGAUCGGGUGGCCGUCCAUGGGAGUCUAUACCGCUCGCUACGCACCAAUCUCCCUCGCCAGCUGAUGGGUUUCCUCGAUUACCCGUUUCCUGGGCCAUCGGAGAGCUUCGUCGAUCCCCGGGCGUUCCCGGCGCACGAGGAAGUGCUUGCUUACCUUGAGGGUUUCGCGAGGGAUUUUGGGGUUUUGGAGAUGGUUCGGUUUGGUGCGGAGGUGGUUAGGGUUUGGUUGGAGGGGGACGGCGGCGAGUGGAGCGUGGAGUGGCGGAAUGAGGAUGGAUCGGUGGCGGAGGAGAGGUUUGAGGCGGUGGUGGUCGCCAGCGGGCAUCACUCCGUGCCGAGGAUCCCUGAGAUUCCGGGCAUUGAUAAAUGGCGUGGCAAGCAAAUACACAGCCACAAUUAUCGCAUUCCUGAGCAUUUUAGGGACCAGGUUGUGGUUUUGAUUGGAAUGGGAGCUAGUUCCCGUGAUAUCUCUAGAGAAAUUUCAAAAGUAGCAAAGGAAGUGCAUAUAGCCUCAAGAGCCAAAGAUACUGUAGUUGGAAAGUUAGAUAACCAUGAUAAUAUUUGGCAACACAAAAUGGUAAAAUGUGUCCAUGAAGAUUGUGAGGUGGAAUUUGAUGAUGGUGCAUCACUUCAUGCUGAUUGUAUAUUCUAUUGCACAGGUUACAAAUACCAUUUCCCUUUCCUAGAGACAAUUGAGUUCAUAAGCAUUGAAGACAACCGAGUCGGACCUCUAUAUAAGCAUGUUUUCCCUCCCGCCGUGGCCCCUUGGCUUUCUUUUGUGGGAAUACCUAAUAAGCUGAUUAACCAUAAUGAUACAAUUCUUGGUGAAGCUACCCAAUCUUUGGCAGUCAAAGACUUGAUCAUUUUGUGCUAUUUUGCCCAGGUGAUUUUUAACAUUAUGUUACAGUUACAGUCCAAGUGGAUAGCUCAUGUUUUAUCCAGCAAAGUGGUGUUACCAUCAGAAAAGACCAUGAUGGCAUCAGUUGAAGCGUAUUAUCAGGAAUUAGAGCGUGUAGGGCAACCUAAGCAUCAUACACACUAUCUUCUUCCCAAUGAGAUUGAGUAUCUGAAUUGGCUAACUUCUGAGGUCAGUUUGCCACCAAUGGAGGAAUGGAGGAUACAAAUAUAUCGUGCAGCUAUCGAGAGCCUCAAGUCUCACAAUGACAGGGAGCCAGAAUCCAAUGACAGCCCAUACAAGCAAUCAUACAUAAUGAAUUUAACACAAACCAGGAGCAAGGAUGAUCUAUUUUUUGGAAAGAGGAAGAUGGGUGUUAUUUUGUAUUUUACAAAUUUAUGUGAUGUUCAUAAAUGGGUGCUUUUGUCAAUUGCUACAUUGAAGCUUAUAUUAACACCUUCAAAACAUUGAGUUAACCUGAAAGAAAUAUUUAAAUCAUCAUUGUGAGAAUCAA